AUGAUUAAUGGAACCAAAUCUGCCCAGGAUAUCCUCCAGUUGGAGAUGCACAAGAUGCUGUCCGGUAUCCCAAGCCAGGUGAACAUAGCGGAUGAUAUCUUGAUUGGCGAGUCAGUCAAAGAGCAUGAUCACGUGCUAGCGUGCGCACGCACGCACCAAGGCGCUCUGCCGAAAUUGUUAUAUUCUGACCAUAAAAACUCAAGAUUGGAUUACAAUUUAUUGGAAAGUGGAAGAUAA